AUGUGUUAAAAUAGUUAUGUGUUUGCAAAUACAAAAGAAGAAAUCGUAUAAAAGAGAGUAAAAUCUCUAAAAUUUUAACUAAAGGCUCUAGAGUAAAAGAAUAGUGUUUUACAAUAAAAAAUAAAGAGCGUUAAUAGAAUCAACUUAGACCAUUCUAAAUCACCAGUUUCUUAAUUAUAAGAAAAUUUACAUUUUGAUAGAAAGUAAGUAAUUGAACUUUUCAAACCAAUAAUUGCAAAGGAAGCAAUCUAUAUCAGAAAUGAGAGAUACAAAACAGAACAUUUGAUGAUAUAAUCAAAAAUGAAAGAGAUUUAACAGAAAAAAAUAAAGGUUCGAUAAAUUGAAUAAUUCGAUGCUGACGCAAUCAGAAGAGUGGCAGAGUUUAAAGAGAAAAAAGUUAUUGAAAUACGAUAAAGAAAUGUUAAGGAAAUCGAAAUAAAUAGGUUAUCUGUUUAGAAGAAGCUUGAAAAUGUUUAAGUGUUAGAGAAUGAAGAGAAGGAAUUAAUGAAUAUGAUCUAACUGUAUUAUUUAUUCAUAAACAUAGAGCCAAAAUAAAUAGCACAUAAUUAUAAACGAGAUAUAAUAGAGCAAUUACUUCAUCAGAUGAAAGUUCGGUACUUCCUCAUAUCAGAAAAUUCAGUUAUAAUUAGAGAUUUGAGUCACCAUUUAAGAAUCGAACACCAAAUCAUUUUUCAGAUAAUUAUUUAGAUAAUUGUUAUUCCAACAAUAAAAAGCAAUCUCAAUUCUUUCCUAGUCGUAAAAAAUCAAAAUCCACUAAUAAAUUAAUUGGCAACAACAUUAAUGAGUUUAAUGAUACACCUUAGUGGACUAUUGAAUUUAAAUAGUAUUGCAAUAUGAGCAAUAAGGAAAAUUUAGACAUUAAGGGUGAUUCUUAAGGAUCCUCAACAUAAUAAUGA